UGCGCCUCCAAUCCUGAACACAACAUGGAGGCCAACCUGCAGAAGCGGAAGGAGACCCGCAAGGCGCUGCGGAUUAAAGUCGCCAGCAUGGGCAACGCAGAAGUGGGCAAGAGCUGCAUCAUAAAGCGAUACUGCGAAAAGAGAUUUGUUCCCAAGUACCAGGCCACUAUCGGGAUCGAUUACGGGGUCACAAAAGUGCAAAUCAGAGAUCGAGAAAUCAAGGUCAAUAUAUUUGAUAUGGCCGGACACCCCUUCUUCUACGAGGUACGUAACGAGUUCUAUAAGGACACGCAGGGGGUGAUCCUGGUGUAUGACGUGGGCCUGAAAGAGUCCUUCGAUAGCCUGGACGCCUGGCUGGCAGAGAUGAAGCAGGAACUCGGCCCUCAGGGGAACAUUGAGAACAUCGUCUUCGCUGUCUGUGCCAACAAGAUUGACUGCGCCAAGCACCGCUGCGUGGACGAGAGCGAGGGUCGGCUCUGGGCUGAGAGUCGCGGCUUUUUGUACUUCGAGACCUCCGCACAGAGCGGCGAGGGCAUCAACGAGAUGUUCCAGGCCUUUUAUUCUGCUAUUGUGGAUUUAUGUGACAACGGAGGAAAGAGACCCAUGUCUUCCAUCAACAUCGGAUUUAGUAAAGAGCAGGCGGACUCUAUACGCCGCAUCCGGAACAGCAAAGACAGCUGGGACAUGCUGGGGGUGAAGCCGGGCGCCACCAGGGAUGAAGUGAACAAAGCGUAUCGCAAGCUGGCUGUGCUCCUUCACCCGGACAAGUGUGUCGCCCCAGGAAGUGAAGACGCCUUCAAGGCCCUUGUGAACGCUCGUACGGCUUUGCUGAAGAACAUCAAGUAGAGCCACGUUCCUGUUCUGACCCCCAGAGGCAUCAAUGUAAA